CCCAACACAACAGAAAACACAAACAAUCCUGAUUUCACAGAGCACGUGCAUCUCCACUUUCUCUCUCUUCUCUUCUUCUUUUUUUCUCUGCCCAAAAUCAACCAAGACAAUACAUUUACAAAACAAACCCAAACCAAAUAGGCUUUCUCUCUCUCUCUCUCUCUCUCUCUCUCUCUCUAUAGCACUCUUUUCAGAAUCGCAGCCCAAGCAAGAGACGGAGAGAGAAGAGGGAGAAGCCACAACGAAAGCUCCAUGUGACGUAGAGUGAGCGUUCGAUCGAUCCCAAAUGCACCCAUAUAAUAGGCUGCCGAGCAGUGGCCACACCACGCCUUCGCCGCCUCAGUCGCCGCUCAGGUCGCCUCGGUUGCGCCACGGCCGGUCCAAGACCGGUCGGUUUAAUCCGCCUGGUCGGAGCUUGCUCCAGAGAUUCACCUGGCACAUUCUUUCUGUACUUAUUCGCCGCCAGGGAGUUUUUCUCUUCGCUCCGCUUCUUUACAUCUCUGGCAUGUUGCUCUACAUGGGUUCUGUCUCCUUUGACGUCGUUCCGGUCAUCAAGCAUCGACCCGCGACUGGUUCUUUGUAUCGCAGCCCUCAGCUUUAUGCCAAGCUCCGACCCGAGAUGGAUGCUGAUAACAGUUCUACCGAUGCGAUGCUGACUGUUUUUGGUGCACACCCAAAGAUCUCAACUAUAUGGAAACAUUCCUAUAAAAGUGGCGAGUGGAAACCAUGUACAAACAGGUCCUCUGGAGUUUUCCCUGAAUCUAAUGGUUACAUAUAUGUUGAGGCAAAUGGUGGCCUAAAUCAGCAAAGGACAUCGAUCUGCAAUGCUGUUGCUGUGGCAGGAUAUCUUAAUGCAACACUUGUUAUUCCCAAUUUUCAUUAUCAUAGCAUCUGGAGAGAUCCCAGCAAAUUUGGAGAUAUUUAUGAUCAAGAUUAUUUCAUCCAUGCCUUGGAAAAUGAUGUGCAAGUGGUUGACAAGAUUCCUGAAUACAUAAUGGAGAGAUUUGACCACAACAUGAGUAAUGUUUACAACUUCAGAAUAAAAGCUUUUUCACCUGUUCAGUAUUACAGGGACGUGGUUCUCCCAAGGUUACUUGAAGAAAGGGUCAUUCGCAUUUCUCCGUUUGCAAAUCGAUUGUCAUUUGAUGCUCCCCCCGCUGUUCAACGACUUAGAUGCUUAGCAAAUUAUGAAGCUUUAAGGUUUGCAAGUCCUAUAUUGACUCUAGGGGAAGCUUUGGUUGCUAGGAUGAAAGAACGUAGUGGAAAAUAUGGUGGCAAGUACGUUUCUGUGCAUCUUCGCUUUGAGGAGGAUAUGGUUGCUUUCUCUUGUUGCGUGUUUGAUGGUGGAGAGCAAGAAAGGGAAGAUAUGGAAGCAGCAAGGGAAAGAGGUUGGAAGGGAAAAUUUACAAAGCCUGGCCGGGUUAUCCGUCCUGGAGCUAUCAGAAUCAAUGGAAAGUGUCCGCUUACUCCUUUGGAGGUUGGAUUGAUGCUUCGGGGAAUGGGCUUUGAUAAAAACACAUUUAUCUACUUGGCAUCUGGAAAUAUAUACAAUUCUAUUAAAACAAUGACCCCACUGGUUGAAAUGUUCCCAAAUUUGCGUACCAAAGAUAUGCUGACUUCUGAUGAGGAACUUGCCCCAUUCAAGAAUUAUUCUUCCAGGAUGGCUGCCUUAGACUACACUGUUUGUCUUCACAGUGAGGUGUUUGUGACAACACAAGGUGGAAACUUCCCUCAUUUUUUAAUGGGCCACCGAAGAUACUUGUAUGGUGGACACUCCAAGACCAUCAGGCCUGACAAACGAAAGUUAGCGCUACUCUUUGAUAAUCCUAGUAUUGGAUGGAAAAGUUUUAAGCGCCAAAUGCUGAGCAUGCGUUCUCACAGUGAUUCAAAGGGAUUCGAGAUCAAAAGACCCAACGAUUCCAUAUAUACCUUUCCAUGCCCAGAUUGCAUGUGCCGUACAAACAAGACAGAAGAUUCGAAGCCGUCAUCCCCGUGAUUUGCAUGCAGAUUACUCUGAUGAUGGAAUUUCCUCGUACCUGUAGUUUUGAUCAUUGUUUAUUACUGACCCCCUUUUACGUGUUGGAAUUCUUUCAUUUUUCCCCCUGUCCAUAGGAGGAGAGGGCAUACCCUCAAUUUUGGGAGCCAUGAGGAUUUUGUUUGAGGUCAUAUUGAUCUGAUUUCUUUCCUGGGACUGGAGUUUUGUAUAGGAUACUGGAGGAGAACUGAGCAACCAUCCAUCCUUCCAUUUCAGAGGUUUCCUGGGGUUGACUAAAAGCAAUUGUUUUAAAUUUGAAGGCGCAGCUGCUGUAUCUAACAAGCUGCAAAUUGACACACCACAUUUCUUCACACUCUGGUUUUCUGAUCUCUGUAGGUUAGUUUUGAGUUUGAUAUCUGCUUGUUCUAGUAGAAUCUAAUUGAACUUUUGUAAACAUUCUCUUUGGUCUCAGGGUAUUCAUUUUCUUUUUUCCUCUUACACCAUUUUUGUACACACUCAUUGGUUCUUUACUUCUACAUCUCGUGGCUGUCUUCACAUCAAAUAUAGGAGAUUGCAUUACUUUUUGGAUUUUGGGGCAUUUGAAUGUAAUUAUAAUUGGCUGCAAUGUAUAUGUUUCACCAUUUCAUUGUGUAA